UAUAAAACAACAAACAGUGCAUAUUUAUAUUUUAGAAUAUUAUUCUGUAAUAAUAAUCUAAUAUUUGAAGAUAUGUAAAAUACUAUUAUAAUAUUUAUUUUGCAAUACCCACGAUGAUAGUUGAUUAAUUAGUGUUACGAUAAAUAAAGAUUUUGUCACAAAAUGGGUGAUAAAGAGGACGUAGACACUCGUCUCGAGUUCAUGAGUGAAUAUAUACUUAAAACACUUAAGCAGAAAAUAGAUAAAUGGGCUAAGUUCAUCACAGGUGAUGAGAGACACAUUUUGUUCCGAUUUUUCGACAUGCCAAAGUAUGAAAUCAUAGUAUUUCGCAUGAACACCGCCGGGCUGCUGACGUGCGCCACAAAUUUCCCCCCCAUAAGUAGGGGGAAAAUGGUGUACUUUCUACGGAACAUCGAUGACAAACUUACUCAAUCUAAUUUCCGAAAGUCGAUUACUAUCGGCGAGAUCUCAGGCAAUGUGUUGAUGGACCUGAGCGUGAUGGCGGACGAGGUGAUCGGGCCGCUGCUCUGCAACCCCGAGAACCAGAAGGGCUGGCCCAAGAUCGUGCGCCACGACAUGCGGAGGCACAUCAACGAUCUGAGGAAUCUCAUGACGCAGCUAAAAGGAGAGAUGGCCAGUCAAGUAAUGUUGCCCAUGCCUGCUGGUGUCGAGAACAUUUACCAUGCCGAAUCGAGAUUAAGAGAAAGUGAUGGUGAAGAUGUAGACUUGUAUUUGAAAACGAACAUCGAAGGCGCUAUAAUCAAGUGGGCCCAACAAGUGCACGAUUUGUUACAGGAGGAUUCCUACAUAGCGUUCAAGAGGACUAAGUUUCCUCUACCGAGUGCUGACAUAGACUUCUACGCGAGUAGACUGCGCAAUCUGGAAGGCAUCUACUCCCAGCUGAGGGACCCGCGAGUCAAACGCAUGGCGCACUACCUCGAGGACACCCGCAGCGUCUACCUCAGCUGCUUCAAGACUAUGCUUACUAAUGUUGUGGCUUCAAUCGUAGAGUGCAGAGAUAUUUACGUAUACCAGAAGCCAUUGUUGACGCAUUUUGAAAACUACGAAGGCACUGACUUUUCUGACUCGAAGCCUCUGAUUCGGCCCAUGUUCCACUGCAUUGGCUUGCUAUGGGGAAAUUCUAGAUACUACUGCAGUGUGGAGAAAUUGAUACCUUUACUUCGCGAAGUGUGCAACUUGGUGAUCCAACAAUGCACGAACUCCAUCGAUCCUGCCUCCAUAUUUCAAGGAGAAGCGGACGAGCAGCUGAUUAAGUUGAGGAAGGCUCUCAAUAUUUUGACACAUUUCGUAGAGACGUAUGAAAUGAAUCGCGACAAAGUCCACACUUUCUUCCCGGGAGGCGUGAUGCCGGUCCGCUGGUCGUUCGACUUCGACCGCGUCUUCAUGAGGUUCAACGUCUACAUGAAGCGACUCAAAAUGAUCGAGGAGAUUCUCGAGGCGACGGUCGAGAUUCUCAAGCUGGAGAAAGUAGAGUUUUGCGGGCUUAGGGGCAAGAUUCUUAGCACUGAGUGUAUGCAGGUUCUAGAUGAAUACACACUGAUUUACCAAAACCUGGGCAAUAUCACGUACGACCCGGCCGAUCCGGAGGAUAAUAAGUUCCUCCCGGACUACGCCAAACACAUGAAAGUGAUAGAGGAUGUCGACAGGCGAUUAGCGUCCUUAUUCUCGCAGGGAUUGGACGAGUGUCACAAUCUUGAACACUUCUUUAAGUUCUUCCAAAUCAUGGGAGAUCUGUUCCAUCGGCCCAUCAUCAAGAAGGAAAUGAAACCCAAACUGUCGAAGCUGCUCGAUUUUAUGCACCAGAAUCUAGACAACGUCAAGGAAAUUUACGAUGAAGAGAUGUCGAAAUUGACAAAAGGCCCUGAACGACCAAUGGUGGACAACUAUUUGCCUCCUGUAGCUGGUAUGAUCUGGUGGAUUUACAAGUUGCGGCGACGACUCGUGAUGCCCAUGGAAGAAUUGAUCAUGUUUGAAGAUCCGAUAAUAGAGACAGAGUACGCCAUGUAUAUGAAGCAGAAGCACAACGAGAUGCUGGGCUACCUGAACGUGCUGGAGGACCGGCAGUUCAAGCAGUGGUGCGCCACCGUGCCCGGCAUCUGCAAGGUGCACCUCGCCAAGAACCUCAUCUACAGGGACCCGCCCUUCGUCAGGAAUAACUUCAGCCCUGAGUUGGUAAUGCUGUUACGUGAAAUACGUUACAUGAAAUAUUUAGACAAGCAGGGAAUACCGGCUGAUGGGCUCGAAUUGUAUGCUCGGAAUGAAAAAUUGCAGUAUGACAUGAACCGGCUGAAUCGAGCUAUAUCAUGGUACAACGAGAUCCGCGAGGGCAGCCACGAGACCGAGGUGGCGCUCAUAGAGAAGGAGAUCUCCGCCAUCGACCAGCUGCUGGGCCACGGCGUGGAGGAGCUCACCUGGAACGAUGACUUCUCGGAGUGGAUGGCGGAAGUGUACGCGGCAAUAAACACCCUCCAAGAGCGAGUGCUCACCGCGCAGAACAACAUGAAGAGGGGCCUAGCAAACAUCGCGGCGUGGGGCGACGUGCCCUUGCACAACCGCAAGGAGAAUCCCGACAAGAAGGAGCUGUUGGACGUCCCCGGCAGGUUCCCCAGAUUUGCUAGACGACGAAACAAAAUAUUGGAAAGCUAUGAGGAAUUCGUUCAGAUCUUAAAGGAUAAUUACAAAUUGUUCUUCAACAUUCAAGAAGAGACUGAGUCUGAUGAUGAAGAAGAGGAAUUGGAAGAAGUUGAUGAGGCUACCCUCGACGAUGAAGAGAAAGCUGCCCGUGCUCUCAAGAUGCAAGAGAUGGCUCAACGCAGAGAGGAGAAAAUGGCCGCACGAGAGAUCAAGCGCCAAGAGAAGGAAGAAGCUGAUAGGAUCAAGUUUGAAAGGAGAGAGGCGCGCCGGCUGAAGAGGGAAGCUAAAGAAGAGGAGAAGCGAGAGCGAGAUGCACGUAGAGCUGAAGGGGAAGAAAUAGAUUCUCCGGCGGAAGAAGAGGAAGUAAUUGAUGAUCCAGAAGAGCUGGCUGACAUAGAAGAAGAGAGGAGGGAAAUGGAAGAAGAGGCUUUCAGGAGCGCGCGUUGGCCGGCCUACGUUGAAUAUGUUGAUUCUUUGGUUUCGAAACAAUUGAUGCAAGCGAUACAGUCGAGCUUAGACCUGUUUGAGUCCCAAACCAAUAUUGAGAAAGGUCCAAAUAUCGCAUUCAUGAAUAUUACUGUGGAAUUGAAAGAUCCAGACAUCUAUUUCUCACCGUCCCUGCUGCUGGAAGACGAGGACGGGCUCUACGACACGCUCAGAGAGAUGAUGAAGGACAUGUUCCUCCAAGCCACGCUCUUCCCCAGAAUUGAUCCUAUCGUGCCAAUCGCUUCCUAUGAAGACGAUAUUGUACAUGAAGAGGCCAUGAUUGAUCUAUUCCAUGAAAUAUCUAAACGAAUUGAGAACAGUAUUAAUGAUAUCCUCCAAUAUGCUUCGAAAUAUGAAAAAUAUGCUCCUCUGUGGACGGAAGACAGACAAGAAGUAUUGGCUGCCUUCCUCAAGUAUGGGAGAGUGAUACCUCCAGAAGAAUUUGACAAGUAUAAGUACGAAAACGGGUGUGAUCCACCGGAGGCCAAGCCCAAGCUAGAAGAGUACCAGAAAGAGAUUGACAAAUACAACGCGUUGUACGACGAAGUGGCGGCGCUGCCUGGGAACUACCUGUGCAACGGCUGGCUGAACUUGGAUCUGAAGCGGCUGAACCAGGCCAUCAUGAACAUUGUCUGCAAAUGGAGCAACCUCUACAAGCAGAACUUGAAGGACUUUGUGCACAAGAGUUUGGACGACCUAGAAGAGUUCAUAGCGUAUGCUACGAAGGAGCUGAAUGUGGAACUGGGAGAGGACGAUUACGAAGGCUUGCUGCAAGUGAUGCGGGUCCUGAACGAGGUGAAGGCUAAGAUGGAUGCUGGCACCGACCAGAUGUUCGAGCCUCUGAGGGACAUCAUGUAUGUCCUCAAGGAUUAUGGAGUGGAGUUCCCGGAAGAAACAUAUGAACAGUUGGAUAUGUUGCCUGAGAAAUGGCGCAACCUGAUCAAGUUGGCGACGGUGAUGAAGAACAACGUGGCGCCUCUGCAGGCGGCGCAAGCGGCGCUCAUCGCCAAGAGAGUGGCGCUGAUCAACCUGCGGCUUACCAUGUACAGGGAACAGUUCAGGCAGAAGGAGAUAUUCUUGGAAAGUUGCAAAGAGCCAUACAAGCAUAUCGAUAAAAUACAUCAAGAAUUGAAGGGCUUCGAGGAUAUAGUGGAAACCUUGAAGAAGUCUUGCGCACUGUUCGACAUUCAGCCUCCAGACGAGAAGAAUCUCAAGCAGUGCCGUAGGGAACUGAAGUUAGCUAAGCAACUGUGGGAUUAUUACUACUUGGUAAUGGGAACGAUCGAGUUCUGGAAGAAAUCACCGUGGAAGAAGAUUGAUGCAGACGGAAUGGACCAGGAAUGCAAGCGGUUUACCAAGGAUCUCAGGCAAUUGGACAAGGAAUUGCGGACUUGGGAACCAUACCUUGCCAUUGAAGCAACCAUAAAGAAUUUGAUGACAUCUUUGCGCGCAGUCACAGACUUGCAGAAUCCAGCCAUAAAAGACAGACAUUGGGUCGAAUUGAUGAUGGCUACUAAGGUGAAAUUCCAUAUAGAUGAUGACACUACUCUGGCUGAUUUGCUAGCAUUGAAUCUGCACAAAUAUGAGGAAGAAGUAAAGACUAUAGUUGAUAAAUCAGUGAAAGAAGCUGCUAUGGAGAAAACACUCAAGGAAUUGGAGGCUACCUGGGCUGUCAUGGAGUUCGAUUAUUCGCCACAUGACAGAACUGGAAUCAAACUACCAAAGGCAAGUGAGGAGCUGGUAGAGGUGCUGGAAGACAAUCAGAAUCAAGUGCAAAAUAUGAUGUCAUCUAAAUUCAUCGGAUUUUACGAGACGGAAGUUACAGCAUGGCAAAAGAAGUUGGGCACGGCAGAUGCUGUUAUUGCAAUUUGGUUUGAAGUACAGCGAAAGUGGCAAUAUUUGGAAAGUAUUUUCGUUGGAUCUGAUGAUAUACGAGCACAGCUACCUGAAGACUCAAAGAGAUUCGAUACUAUUGAUAAGACUUUCAAGGAACUUUUGAAAGACAUUGGAGCUACACCCAAUGUAGUGCAAGCAACAAACAAACCAGGCCUCUUAGAGAAGCUGGAGGAGCUCAUGAAGAAUCUUAACUUGUGCGAGAAAGCCCUCAAUGAUUACCUGGAGACCAAGAGACUGGCAUAUCCUCGUUUUUACUUUGUCUCGUCUGCAGAUCUACUCGAUAUUCUGUCAAAUGGCAACAACCCACCAGCUGUCUGCCGCCACUUAACCAAGCUGUACGAUAACUUGGCCAAGUUGGUAUUUGCCAAACCUGGCAGCAAACACGCCUUUGAGAUGAUAUCCAAGGAAAAUGAGGAGCAUGUGCCGUUUAAAGCUCCGUGCUGCGAUUGUUCUGGAAAGGUGGAAUUAUGGCUGAACCGCGUUACAGACUGUAUGAGGUAUACACUGCGCGACAUUUUUGAGCAUAGUGUAAAAUCUUACGAAGACAAGCCCAGAGACGAGUGGGUAUUUGACUGGCCUGCACAGCCGGCGCUAGUGGGCACGCAGAUUUGGUGGACCACAGAGACAAACCAAGCCUUCGAGAAGCUUGAGGAAGGUUACGAGAACGCAUUGAAAGAUUAUCAGAAGAAGCAGAUUGCACAGUUAAACGCGCUCAUCGUGUUGCUGCUGGGUGACCUGACGGUUGGUGACCGACAGAAGAUCAUGACUAUCUGUACCAUUGAUGUACACUCUCGAGACGUGGUGGCUAAACUUAUUGUCGCCAAGGUGGAGACUUCCAAUGCUUUCCAAUGGCAAAGUCAGCUCAGGCAUCGGUGGGAUUUAAAUCUGAACAACUGCUACGCCAACAUUUGCGACGCUCAGUUCCUUUAUGACUACGAGUAUUUGGGCAACACUCCGCGUUUGGUGAUCACGCCAUUGACAGAUCGAUGUUAUAUUACUUUGACACAGAGCCUCCAUCUUAUAAUGGGUGGUGCACCUGCCGGGCCGGCCGGUACCGGAAAGACGGAAACCACCAAAGAUUUGGGACGCGCGCUGGGCAUCAUGGUGUAUGUGUUCAACUGCUCUGAACAGAUGGACUACAAAUCUUGUGGAAAUAUUUACAAAGGUCUGGCUCAAACCGGCGCCUGGGGAUGUUUCGAUGAGUUUAAUAGGAUCUCGGUCGAAGUGUUGUCUGUGGUAUCCGUGCAGGUGAAGAGCGUGUUGGAUGCCAUCAAGACCAAGAAGAAGAAGUUCGACUUCAUGGGAGAGUAUAUAACUCUUAUACCCACAGUGGGUAUGUUCAUUACGAUGAACCCUGGGUACGCCGGUAGAACGGAGCUGCCAGAAAAUCUUAAGGCCUUGUUUAGACCAUGUGCCAUGGUAGUACCCGACUUCGAGCUGAUCUGCGAAAUCAUGUUGGUGGCCGAAGGGUUCCAGGAUGCGCGUCUUCUAGCGCGAAAGUUCAUCACCUUGUACAUGCUGUGUCGAGAGCUGCUUUCUAAACAGGACCAUUACGAUUGGGGACUAAGAGCAAUUAAGUCGGUGCUUGUCGUUGCCGGCUCAUUGAAGCGAGGUGAUCGCCUUCGUCCAGAAGAUCAAGUGUUGAUGAGAGCAUUGAGAGAUUUCAAUAUCCCCAAAAUUGUGACGGAUGACACUCCUGUCUUCAUGGGUCUGAUUGGUGAUUUGUUCCCAGCACUCGAUGUCCCCAGAAAACGUGAUUUUGAUUUCGAAAAGAGUUUGGUAGAAGGAGCUAUUUCCAUGAAACUACAGCCAGAACCUGGUUUUAUACUUAAGAUGGUACAAUUAGUAGAACUGUUUGCUGUGAGACAUUCUGUAUUUAUUGAUGGAUUCGCUGGUACUGGAAAAUCUAUGGUAUGGCAAUGUCUCAAUAGAACCUACCAUAUGUUAAAACUCAAACCUUAUUAUAAUGAUUUAGACCCUAAAGCAGUAACAAAUGACGAGUUGUUUGGAAUUAUUAACCCUGCUACAAGAGAGUGGAAAGAUGGUCUAUUUUCAAAUAUCAUGAGAGAUAUGGCAAAUAUGCCUGGAGAUGGUCCGAAGUGGAUUGUUUUGGAUGGUGACAUCGAUCCCAUGUGGAUAGAAAGUUUGAACACUUUGAUGGAUGACAACAAAGUGUUGACGUUAGCCAGUAACGAACGAAUUGCUCUCACAAAAUCCAUGAGGCUUUUGUUUGAAAUCUCCAAUUUAAGGACUGCUACUCCUGCUACCGUAUCUCGUGCUGGUAUUUUGUAUAUUAAUCCGCAAGAUUUGGGUUGGAAUCCAUUCGUAGCUUCAUGGAUCGACACCACUCGUGACGACGAAUCGGAGAAAGCGAUGUUAACGGUGAUGUUUGACAAGUAUAUCCCAUCUCUGUUGGAGUCGUGUAAGAAAUACAAGCGCAUCACGCCCCUCACGGAGCUGCAGCAGAUACAACUGACGUGCUAUUUACUCGAAUGCUUCCUCAACAAGAAUCUCCUGCCAUCGGACUGUCCUAAAGAAUGGUACGAAACCUAUUUCGUAUUUUCUAUAGUGUGGGGCUUCGGCUCCGCUCUGUUCCAAGACCAGCUGGUGGAUUGGCGCAAUGAGUUCAGCAAGUGGUUCUGCAACGAGUUCAAGCAGAUAAAGUUCCCAUCCUCCGGAAACGUGUUCAGCUUCUUCAUCGACCCGGAGACGAAGAAGAUGUUGCCCUGGUCUGAGAAAGUGGAAUCGUUUGAAUUAGACCCUGAUUUACCAUUGCAGUCCUGUCUGGUGUCGACCUCGGAGACGACUCGCAUCAGAUUCUUCAUGGACCUGCUGAUCGCGAAGCAGAAGCCCGUGAUGCUGGUCGGCAGCGCCGGCAGCGGCAAGACCGUCAGCUUUGCAGCCAAGCUAAAUGCGCUGCCAGACUCUUACGCCAUCACUAAUGUUUCACUUAAUUUCUACACCACUUCUGAGAUGAUUCAAAAAGUACUUGAAAAACCUCUCGAGAAGAAGUCAGGUCGUAACUUUGGCCCACCCGGCAGUAAGUUCAUGAUAUAUUUCGUGGACGACUUGAACAUGCCCGAGGUCGAUACUUAUGGUACAGUGCAGCCACAUACCCUUGUCAGGCAGUUUAUGGAUUAUAAGCAUUGGUACGACAGGCAAAAACUGAGUCUGAAAGACAUAUCGAACUGUAUGUUCGUGUCAUGUAUGAAUCCAACGGCUGGCUCUUUCACUAUUGAUUCUCGGUUACAAAGACAUUUCUGUACUUUUGCCGUGAGUUUCCCCGGACUAGACGCGUGCUUCCACAUCUACAAGCAGAUAUUGUCGCAGCACAUGGCUAAUCCGCUGAACAAGUUCAGUAUGCCUGUCAUCCGAUACGCGGAGCCUUUGGUCAACGCCGCGUUGGCGUUGCACAACAAACUCUCUUCCAUGUUCCUGCCUACUGCCAUCAAGUUUCAUUAUAUUUUCAACUUGAGAGACUUGUCUAAUAUCUUCCAGGGCAUACUUUUCACGACCGGAGAUGCAAUUAAACAACAGUCCGAGCUCAUUAGGCUGUGGAUGCACGAGGCCACCCGAGUAUACUCUGACAAACUGGUAGAUACAUCUGACAUAGAAAACUUCCAAAAACUAAUCACUGAGGUCAUCAAGAAGAAUUGCGAGGACUACGAUGAGAAUGUGGUGUUUGAGAAGCCGUUGAUCUACUGCCAUUUCGCGGAGGGAAUCGGUGAUCCGAAAUAUUUCCCAAUACGGGAUUGGCCACAAAUCAAAAAGUUAUUGGACGAGUCACUGUCCGCGUACAACGACAUGGUAGCUACUAUGAACCUGGUGCUGUUCGAGGACGCCAUGUACCAUAUUUGUAGGAUCAAUCGCAUCCUCGAAGCGCCACGUGGAAAUGCGUUGCUAGUCGGCGUCGGUGGCUCAGGAAAGCAGUCCCUGUCCCGACUCUCGGCCUUUAUCUCCUCGCUGGAGGUCUUCCAGAUACAACUGCGUAAAGGAUACAGCAUUAACGAUCUCAAGGUUGAUCUGGCUCUCCUGUACAUAAAAGCGGGUCUAAAGAACAUCGGUAACAUGUUCUUGAUGACGGACGCACAGGUUGCUGAAGAGAGGUUCCUGGUGCUCAUUAACGACUUAUUGGCCUCUGGAGAGAUUCCGGAGUUGUUGGCUGAUGAUGAAAUUGAAAAUAUUAUCAAUGGAGUACGCGGCGAGACCAAAGCAUCAGGUGUGCCAGACACUCGUGAAAAUUGCUGGAGAUUCUUUAUCAAUCGAGUUAGAUCCAUGUUAAAGGUGGUGUUAUGUUUCUCCCCGGUGGGAGCCACGCUGCGUGUCCGAGCGCGUAAAUUCCCAUCCAUAGUCAACUGCACAGCCAUCAACUGGUUCCACGAGUGGCCGCGUGAAGCCUUGAGGUCUGUCUCCAAGCGGUUCUUAGCCGAAGUGGAAUCUUUGCCGGUACAUCUCGUUGAGCCCGUGUCAAACUUCAUGUCCCAUGUGCAUCAAAGCGUGAACGCGAUGUCCGCGGUGUACUUCCAAAAUGAGAAGCGUUAUAAUUAUACCACACCCAAAACUUUCUUGGAACAAAUUGCUUUGUAUUCCAAACUCCUCAAUGAGAAGACGAAAAACUUGAUUAUGAUGAUUCAAAGACUUGAAAAUGGUCUUGAGAAGUUAGCUUCUUGUGCUGCUGAUGUAGCUGUUCUCAAGGUUACUCUCGCUGAGCAAGAAAUUUUACUGAAGGUCAAGAAUAAGGCAGCAGAAGAAUUGAUUGAAGUUGUCGGAGCUGAGAGUGACAAAGUGUCUAAAGAAAAAGCAUUCGCUGCCGAAGAGGAAAAGAAGGUGAAAGUGAUUGAAGAAGACGUCACAAUAAAGGCGAAGAUUUGCGCCGAUGACUUGGCGAAAGCUGAGCCUGCGUUGAUGGCCGCGCAGGAGGCGCUGAACACGCUUAACAAGAACAACCUGACUGAGUUGAAGUCCUUCGGCUCGCCGCCCGACGCUGUCGUUAACGUCACCGCGGCCGUGCUUGUGCUGUUCUCUAAGAAAGGCAAGAUCCCGAAGGAUAGGUCUUGGAAGGCUUGCAAGCUCAUGAUGGCUAAAGUAGAUCAGUUUUUGUACGACUUGGUGUAUUAUGACAAAGAAAAUAUUCAUCCAGACGUUAUAAAGGCUGUGCAACCAUACAUCAAGAAUCCGGAAUUCAACGCAGAGUUCAUAAUGUCGAAGUCGGCGGCUGCGGCCGGUCUGUGCGCGUGGGUGAUCAACAUCUGCAAGUUCUACGACGUGUACGUGGUGGUCGAGCCCAAGCGAAGGGCUCUCAACGCCGCCAACGCCGAGCUGCAAGCCGCUAGGGACAAGCUGUCCUUCCUCACUGAGCAGAUCCAGGAAUUGGAAGAAAAACUGGAAGUAUUGCUAAAAGCAUUCCAAGAAGCCGUGAACGAGAAGAUGAAGUGUCAAGCGGAAGCUGAUGCAACAAACGCCACGAUUGAUCUGGCCAAUCGACUCGUAAACGGCUUAGCAUCUGAAAAAAUCAGAUGGUCAGCCACAGUGGUGAACCUGAAGGAAUCAGGAGUGAUGCUGCCAGGUGACGUGUUGCUGGUCACCGCCUUCAUCUCAUACGUGGGGUGCUUCAUGCGCCGGUACCGACAGCAGCUUAUGAACGACGACUGGAUGCCCACACUCGCCAAGACCAAUCCAAAGAUCGACAUGACAGAAGGUCUUGACCCGCUGUCGAUGCUGACGGACGACGCCCAGGUGGCCACCUGGAACAACGAGGGGCUGCCGACGGACACCAUGAGUACCGAGAAUGCCACUAUUUUGACCAAUUCGGCUCGAUGGCCCCUCAUUAUUGAUCCUCAACUCCAGGGCAUAAAAUGGAUAAAAUCGAGAUACGGAGAUGGGUUGGUGGUGAUUCGUCUGACGCAACGGAACUACAUCGACCGCAUCGAGCGAGCGGUUACCAACGGCAAUGUGGUGCUCCUGGAGAAUAUCGGGGAGACGGUCGAUGCUGUGCUGGAUCCUCUGCUUGGACGAGUGCUCAUUCGUAAAGGCAAAGUGCUUAAGAUUGGAGACAGAGAAAUCGACUACCACCCUAGUUUCAGGCUAAUCAUCCAAACUAAGCUAGCCAACCCUCACUACCAGCCUGAGAUGCAGGCUCAAUGUACUCUUAUAAAUUUCACUGUCACAAAAGAUGGCCUAGAAGAACAAUUGCUGGGUGAAGUAGUAAAAGCCGAGCGUCCUGACUUGGAAACCCUAAGAGCCGGGCUCACUAAACAACAGAAUGACUUCAAAAUCACCCUUAAAACGCUUGAAGACGACCUGCUAAAACGGCUGUCUUCUGCCGGACCAGACAUUCUCAGUGAUUCGGCCCUUGUGAUUAAUUUGGAAACCACUAAGAAAACCGCGGCUGAUAUUGAAAUCAAAGUAGAGGAGGGUAAAAUUACCGCUGUCAAGAUUGACGAGGCGAGAGAAAGAUACAGAAAAGCUGCCGGCCGCGCCUCACUCUUGUACUUCAUCUUGAAUGACCUUUUCAAAAUCAAUCCCAUGUACCAAUUCUCGCUGAAAGCCUACAGCGUGGUGUUCAAAGACGCGCUGGCCAAUGCGGAAGUAUCUGAAGACUUGGACGGAAGAGUCAGGAACCUGUUGGAUAGUAUCACGUUUUCGGUGUUUGUGUAUACCAGCAGAGGCUUGUUUGAGAGAGAUAAGCUCGUAUUUUUAUUCCUCAUCACGCUGCAAAUUCUACAAUCAGAGGGUAAAGUAGAUCCGCGCGAGCUAGACUUUCUGCUGAAGUAUGCUGUGGCGCCCGAGGUUUCUCCCUUCCCGUGGCUCGGCAACAACUCAUGGGGCGGCAUCAUCGCUCUCUGUAAGAUGGACGCCUUCGAGAAUUUGGACAAAGAUAUCGAGGGAGCCUCUAAAAGAUGGCAGAAGUACACUGACGGCGAAGCUCCGGAGAGAGACAAGCUGCCCGGUGAAUGGAAGAACAAGACUCCUCUGCAGAGACUGUGCAUCAUGAGGGCCUUGCGUCCGGACCGCAUGUCUUAUGCUUCCGGUGCGUUCUGUGAAGAGAACUUGGGUACAAAGUAUGUAGAAGCGCGGACGCCUCCACUUGAGAAGUCUUUCCAAGAGAGCAACGCCACCACCGCCAUGUUCUUCAUUCUAUCUCCUGGAGUCGACCCGCUGAAAGAUCUUGAAAAAUUGGGUCGCAAGUUAGGUUUCUCAACUGACAAGAAGAAUUUCCACAUCGUGUCUCUAGGACAGGGUCAAGAAGUAGUGGCUGAAGAAGCUAUGGGCGUGGCUUCCACGAAUGGAGAUUGGGUUAUAUUGCAGAAUAUCCAUCUGGUCGCCAAGUGGCUCGCUACACUGGAGAAGAAACAGGAAGAGACAUUUGAGAAUCCCUUACCAGAUUACAGAUUGUUUUUGAGCGCUGAGCCGGCCGCGGAUCCAGCGUACCACAUAAUACCGCAAGGUAUUCUAGAAUCUGCCAUCAAGAUCACCAAUGAGCCGCCCAUUGGAAUGUGGGCUAAUUUGCACAAGUCUCUGGACAACUUCAGUCAGGAAACUCUUGAAAUGUGCAGCAAGGAAGCAGAGUUCAAGGCUGUACUUUUCGCACUAUGCUAUUUCCACGCCGUAGUUGCGGAGAGGCGUAAAUUCGGUCCGCAGGGGUGGAACAGAGUGUACCCAUUCAAUUUCGGUGACUUGACGAUUUGCGUGUACGUGCUGUUCAACUAUCUGGAAGCAAAUCCCCGCGUGCCCUGGGAGGACCUGCGCUACCUGUUCGGGGAGAUCAUGUACGGCGGACACAUCACCGACGACUGGGACCGCCGCCUCUGCCGCACCUUCCUGCUCGAGUACAUGGUGCCCGAGUUGGUUGACGGCGAAGCACAGUUGGCGCCAGGUUUCAUAUCUCCGCCGAACUCGGACUACGUUGGAUACCAUCAGUACAUAGAUGACUUCUUACCCGACGAAACUCCGUAUUUGUACGGUCUACAUCCUAACGCGGAGAUCGGAUAUCUCACCACCGUCUCUGAGAGAUUGUUCAAGGUGGUGUUUGAAAUGCAACCUCGUGACACAGGUGCUCAAGCUGGUGGCGGAGCAACCAAGGAAGAAAUGGUUCGCUACAUCUUGGACGACAUAAUGGACCGCGUGCCCGAGCCGUUCAAUCUGCAGGAGCUGAUGGGCAAAGUGGAGGAGCUGACGCCCUUCACCAUUGUGGCGCUGCAGGAGUGCGAGCGCAUGAACCGGCUCAUGGGCGAGAUCAGGAGGUCGCUCAAGGAGCUCGAGCUCGGCUUGAAGGGUGAACUGACAAUCAGCAGCGACAUGGAGAAGCUGAUGGAGUCCCUGUUCAUGGACAAGGUGCCGGACUCGUGGACCAAGCUCGCGUACCCGAGUCUGCUCGGGCUGGCCGCCUGGUUCUCGGACUUGUGUCUGCGGCUGGUGGAACUGGAGAACUGGUCCGGAGACUUCAAUUUGCCGCCGGCAGUGUGGCUAGCCGGGUUCUUUAACCCGCAGUCGUUCCUGACAGCCAUUAUGCAGCAGACGGCCAGGAAGAACGAGUGGCCGCUCGACAAGAUGUGCCUCAACUGUGACGUCACCAAGAAAACGCGAUCAGAUUUCAACGCCCCGCCGCGCGAAGGCGCCAACAUCCACGGCCUGUACAUGGAGGGCGCGCGCUGGGACACGGCGUCGGGGGGCAUCGUGGAGUCGCGCAUGAUGGAGCUGUUCCCCAUCGUGCCCGUCAUCUUCGUCAAGGCCGUCACGCAGGACAAGCAGGACACGCGCAACGUGUACGAGUGCCCCGUCUAUAAGAUCCGUAUGCGUGGACCCACGUUUGUGUGGACUUUCAAUCUGAAGACCAAGGACAAGCCAACUCGCUGGACACUCGCCGGUGUCGCUCUGCUGCUCGGAGUGUAGUAAUAAAUAUUCAAUGUAUCAAGUCUGCAGACUGCCCCAAGAAUUAUGUUCCCCAAUAUUGUUUAGAAUAAUUUUAAAUGUAUAUGUUAUAUUUCAAUAAAGAUGUUGAUCAU